ACAUCACUAAUAUGGAUGGGAAAUCAUAUUAUUCUUGGCAAUGUUGAUGGUCAAACAAAUGAAACGAUUAUAGCAAAAAAUUUAACAUUUAAAUUUGUUAACAACAAUAACAACAUUACAGAUGAUGAUGAUGAUGAUAAUAAUGAGAAUAAGAAUGAUGAGAAAGAAAAUUAUGAAACUUUUCUCGGUUCUAGUGAUAUGAAUCCAGCAUUAUCACCAUCAUUAAUGUUUUCACAAUUGAAUCAUCAACAACUACAACAUCAUCAACAAUUAUCACCACCGUUAUCUAAUCAAAAACAAUCAUUUUCAAAUGAUUCAACUAAAACUGAUGCUGAUCGUAAUGUUCCUUUUUCAUUUCCGGGCACAACUAAUUUUGUUUGUCCAGUUCCAUUCGGUCGAUUUCGUUAUGAACUUUGUGAAUAUUAUUUUUUAUGUUUUUUUGGCUAUCCAUUUUUAAUCAAAUGUCAUCCGGUUAAAAAAUUUGAUACCAGAGUUAAAUAUUGUGUACCAUGGCAACAGGCAUUUUGUCAGGAUAUAAUAUUACCUAUUGGACCACCAGCACCAAUACCACCAGGUGAACCACCAAUGUUACCAUCGAUAAUAUCGCAACCAAUUCGACCACCACCAAUAAGGCAACCAACAAACGGAUUUUUCAAACCAAUAUCACCAAUACAACAACAAUUUCCAAAUAUGCCACAAAUGCCACAAUUUCCACAAUAUCCAAGACCACCAUUUAAUCCAUCAAUGCCUGGGAUGAUAAAUGGAUUACCAUCAAUGGCUGGUAUGCCAAAUGGAUUACCACCAAUGACCGGGAUGCCAAAUGGAUUACCAUCAAUGCCUGGAAUGCCAAAUGGUUUUUCACCAAUGUCUGGGAUGCCAAAUGGAUUACCAUCAAUGCCUAUACCACAGGUGCCAACUAUUUCUGGCAUACCAAUGUUAUCUGGUAUAAUGAAAGAUCAACAGCCAAUGAUGGAUGAUUUAAAUGAAGAUCAACUCAACGGUGAUCAACCUGAAUUUCCAAUGAAUAUUGGUAACAAUCAGGUAUAUGGUGGUCCUGGCCAAUGUCCACCAUCAUCAAAUUCCGAACGUAUGGGCAAAAAACUAGCUAUCAUUAAUACUAGUGAUGUCAGCAACAGUAAUAAUAAUAAUAAUAACAAAACUAAUUUACAGGAUCGAACAUUUGAUUUAUUUAGUAAUGAUAACAAUCUUAUCUGGUGUUGAUUUUUUAACUGUUGUCAUUUUUUCUUU